GAAGUCAGUACAAAGAAGGAUGAGAGCUCUUCCAAACCGACUUCUUAAUUGUUCAUUGUGAGCACUUGGAAGAUGUUUUAGGAAAGGGGAAAAGAGGAGAAGAGACAAGGUGGAAACAGAAGAGGAGAGGGAAAAAACCCAUAGGAUAGGGUUAAGGAGAAAAAAAAGACAUAAGGAAAGAGAACAAAGAAGGAGAGAGAUACCGGAAUGGAUAAAAAAGGAAUGCAAAAAGGAAAUAAGAAAAUAUAAAGAAAGAUGGGAGCUUAUUCAAGGAAAAUAAAAGCCAGAACGAAAGCAAGCAAGAAAGAAAGAAGAGAAUGCAAAACCAAAGGAGACUAAAAAAGGAGAAGACCAUCACUUACCGACAUUAUCUGUAGAUGCUGAGUGGAGGUGGUACCCAACAAGGCUCUAAUGCGCUGCGGCUCUGAUGCCACGUAUUUAGAGAUGAUGGCUCCGAUUUGAUGGUCUCCUCUGCGGCACUGGAGGUAACUGAGGAGCUUCCAGUGGGGUUGAUGAAUAGAAGAGGAUGGAAAGAGAUGGGAAAAAUGUGUCAAAAAAUGGGGAACAGGAGGCAGGACAAUGUCGAAGAAGAAGAAAGUGAAGGAGGAAAGAGAGAAGAGUGCCAAGGGGAAGAAGUAGGAAAAAGAAGGGAAAGGAGAUAUGACUAAAAAGAGAGAAGUGAGGGAAGCAAGGAAUAAAAAAAGACGAAGAAAAAUGAAAAGUUUGGAAGGGAACAGCAAGCGAUAAGGAAAAAUGACUGAGAAAAAGAAAGAGAAGAAAGGGAGCGGGACAUGAGAGAGCAGAUGCGUGUGUCAGGCGGAGGCUUGGGCGCUGUGUGGAGCGUGUGAGGCGGCGGAGCAGCGCACGGUGUCGCUGCAGGCUGAGGAAGGGCGUGUGGGCGGCUCCUUGGCGGUGCGGCGGAGAGCCCGGCUGUGAGCGCGGGGGGGCGGCUGGGGCCGGGCAGCGGAGCCGGGGCGUGCGGGCGGCGGCGGGAGCCGUGCGGGGCCCGUGCGGGGUCCGAAGGAAUCGGUGUGUGCGGCGGCGAUGGGCGAGUGUGCGUGGGGUGCGGUGUUGCGGGUGGUGGCGGUGCAGGCGGCGUGGGCGCUGUGCUGGGGGCAGGUGCGGUACUCGGUGCCGGAGGAAGCCAAGGCCGGGACGGUGGUGGGCCGUGUGGCGCAGGACCUGGGUGUGGAGGCGGGCGAGGCGGAGGCGCGGCGGCUGCGGCUGGUGCCUGGGGGCCGGCGGGCGAGCGUGGAGGUGAGCGGGGCGAGCGGGGCGCUGGUGGUGAGCUCGCGGCUGGACCGGGAGGAGCUGUGCGGCAAGAGCGCGCCGUGCGCGCUGCGGCUGGAGGUGCUGCUGGAGCGGCCGCUGCGCGUCUUCCACGUGGAGCUGGAGGUCACCGACAUUAAUGACAAUGCCCCCAUCUUCCCCGCCGCCCGAAAAAACAUCAGCAUCCCGGAAUCGUCGCUAGUGGGUUCCCGGUUCCCGCUGGAGGGCGCGUCUGAUGCGGAUAUCGGAGCGAACGCUCAGCUCUCCUACACACUGAGUCCCAGCGAGUAUUUUAGAAUGGAGGAAGAAAACACUAAUUCGCGUACUAAGUACCUCUUUCUGGUACUCAUUAAAUCUCUGGACCGUGAGACGCUGGCCGUGCACCGGUUGUUGCUGACGGCGAGUGACGGGGGCCGGCCGUCUCUGACAGGGACGAUGGAACUGGUGAUCUCGGUGCUGGAUGUGAACGACAACCCGCCGCAGUUCAACCAGUCGGUGUAUAACGUAGUUUUGCCCGAGGACGCCUUAGUGGGAAUAUUGGUGACGAGGGUGAACGCCACGGAUCCGGAUUUGGGAAUAUAUGGAGAAGUGACUUACGAAAUUUAUACUAUUUUUCCUUCCUCUGCCUCAGAUGUUUUCAGCAUUGAUACAAAUAGUGGCGAGAUCAGACUGACGGGAGCCCUGGACUUUGAGACUGUUACGACAUAUGACCUAAACAUUAGAGCGAAAGACAAAGGGACACCUCCACUGUCAGGUCACUGUACGGUGGCGUUAGAGGUUCUGGACGUGAACGACAACGCGCCGGAGGUGCGGGUGACGUCGCUGUCGGUGCCGGUGUCGGAGGACGCGUCGCUGGGGACGGUGGUGGCCCUGCUGAGCGUGUGGGACCGGGACUCGGGGUCGAACGGUCGCGUGCGGUGCUGGGUGUGGCCGUCGGGUCCGUUCGUUCUGGAGGCGACGUUGUCGGGGUCGUACUCGCUGGUGCUGCGGGAGUUGCUGGACCGGGAGCGGGUGUCGGAGUACGAGGUGGAGGUGCGUGCGGAGGACGGCGGUUCUCCGUCGCUGGGCGGCCGCGUUGGGCUGCGUGUGCCGGUGUCGGACGUGAACGACAACGCGCCGUCGUUCGCGCAGGCGGUGUACACGGUGCUGGCGCGGGAGAACAACUUGGCGGGCGCGGAGCUGGCGCGGCUGUGGGCGCGGGACCCGGACGAGGCGGGCAACGGGCGCGUGAGCUACUCGUUGUGGGAGGGCGCGUUGGGCGGGGGGUCGGGACCGUGGUGGUCGGGGACGUCGGGGUCGGUGGGGGGUGUUGCGGCGUCGAGCUACGUGUCGGUGGAGGCGGAGAGCGGCGUGUUGCGGGCGCUGCGGCCGCUGGACUACGAGGAGGUGCAGGUGCUGCAGUUCGAGGUGCGUGCGGUGGACGCGGGGGAGCCGUCGCUGUGCGGCAACGCGACGGUGCAGCUGUUCGUGGUGGACGAGAACGACAACGCGCCGGCGCUGCUGCCGGCGGCGGGCGGCGGGGCGGAGGCCGGGGCGGUGUCGGGGGAGGCGGGGACGCUGUGGGCGUGGGCGUCGUGGGGUUCUCCGUCGGGUCAGGUGGUGGCGAAGAUCCGGGCGGUGGACGCGGACUCGGGCUACAACGCGUGGCUGCGCUACGAGCUGUGGGAGCCGCGGGGCAAGAGCGCCUUGUUCCGCGUGGGGCUGUACAGCGGCGAGGUGAGCACGGCGCGGGCGCUGGAGGAGGCGGACGGGCCGCGGCAGAGGCUGGUGAUCGUGGUGCGGGACCACGGCGAGCCGGCGCGCUCGGCCACGGCGACGCUGAGCGUGUCGCUGGUGGAGGGCGGCGAGGCGGCGCUGGCGGCGGCGGCGGGCUCGUCGUCGCUGCUGCCGCGCUCGUUGGCGGGCGGCGAGAGCGGCUCUGGGCCGGCGGCGGCGGCGGCGACGAACGUGUGGCUGGUGGUGGCGAUCUGCGGCGUGUCGAGCCUGUUCCUGCUGGCCGUGGUGCUGUACGGGGCGUCGCGCUGGGCGCCGCGGGCGGCCGUGCUGUCGGGGCCCGGGCCCACGACGCUGGUGUGCGCCAGCGAAGUGGGCAGCUGGUCGUACUCGCAGCGCCACAGCCGGAGCCUGUGCGUGGCGGACGGCGCGGCCAAGAGCGACCUGAUGGUUUUCAGCCCCAACUUCCCGCCGCCGCCCGGCGCCGCGGCCAAGGACACAGCCGGAGCCUCCCUCUCUCCUCGACACGGUCAGUGACAAUCCCUUGCUCUC